AUGCAAACAACAUUAGAAAUAGAAAAAAAACUUUGUUAAGUUCAUAAAUUAGAAAUAGUGGCAGUUGAUUUGAAAUCAUAAACUAGAAUAGACGAUAAAUAUUUAUGCACUAGGUGUCUGGCUGAGAGAGUUGAUAAAGAAAACAUGACAUUGCUAAAUGAAGCUACUGAAAUGAUAUAAAGCAUGAAAACCCAAUCUUUAAAAAUUGCAAAGGAAGAAAAUGUACUUAGAUUAACUAAUUUAAAAUAAUUAUAAUCAUCCAUUAAAUCCUUUAAAAACUAAAUCAAGACGGAAUUAGGAAAAUUGCUUCAAUUAGUUGAUCAAUAAAUGGAAUAGAUCCAAACUGAAAUUGAAUCAAAGGAUUCAAAGUUAGAAAUCAAAAAUUAUGAUGAGGAAAUUCAAAUUCUAUCAAAAAAUUAUAUAGGAAAUUUUAGUUAUAAUAUACCGAAAUAACAAACCUACAAGGAAAAAGAUGUGGCCCUUGUUUAAUUAAUUUAUGAAUCAUUAUAAUCUUAGUCAAAAUCAUAAAAUUUUAUAUAAAUUAUGGAAUCCAUAGAUUAAAUAAGAUCAAGUAUACCAAUCACUUAAUAGGCCAAAAUAAACGAAACGCCUGCAAAAGAAUUUGAUUAACAUGUUAUUAAUUUAUUGAUAUUCUUAGAAAACUCCAUGUCUGAAUUAGAUAUGCAAUAAGCAUAACAAAGAAAUAAUUAUGUUAAAUGUUAAUUACAAUGAGCCUAAAUUCGGUCGAUUGGCAUGCGUAGAAUGUAUUCAAGAAAACCCUAUUCAAUAUAUUAGCUUAAAAGAAGCAAAUAAUAUGUGGAAUACUCUUAUUGGAGAAUCAGAAGAUUUAAUNAUAAUAAGUAUUUUAUGAAUAUAAAAAGCUAAACAUAAAAUUUCAGCAUUCUAUUCUAUUCUAUUGUAUUUUUUUUUUCUUAAAUUAUAGUUAUUUGGAAGAAUAUUGGAAUACUGAUAAUUAAGAAUAAGAUUAGCAAGAAUUGUGUCCUCAAAUAAACCCCUAUUAUAAGUAAUAUCUCUAAAAUUAUUUAAUCUUUAUUGCCAAAGAAAAUAAAUCCAUUAUUUACAAUAAUAAUUAUUUUUGGAUUUUAUUAAAUUUAAUGUAAUUCUAUUAAUUCUAAAUUUUCAUCUCAUUAUAAUUCCUCAUUUAUAUUUGAAUAUAUAUAAGAAAAUUUGAAUUAAUUAAAUAAACAAUAAUAUCUUAUGCAAACAACAUUAGAAAUAGAAAAAAAACUUUGUUAAGUUCAUAAAUUAGAAAUAGUGGCAGUUGAUUUGAAAUCAUAAACUAGAAUAGACGAUAAAUAUUUAUGCACUAGGUGUCUGGCUGAGAGAGUUGAUAAAGAAAACAUGACAUUGCUAAAUGAAGCUACUGAAAUGAUAUAAAGCAUGAAAACCCAAUCUUUAAAAAUUGCAAAGGAAGAAAAUGUACUUAGAUUAACUAAUUUAAAAUAAUUAUAAUCAUCCAUUAAAUCCUUUAAAAACUAAAUCAAGACGGAAUUAGGAAAAUUGCUUCAUUUAGUUGAUCAAUAAAUGGAAUAGAUCCAAACUGAAAUUGAAUCAAAGGAUUCAAAGUUUGAAAUCAAAAAUUAUGAUGAUGAAAUUCAAAUUCUAUCAAAAAAUUAUAUAGGAAAUUUUAGUUAUAAUAUACCGAAAUAACAAACCUACAAGGAAAUAGAUGUGGCCCUUGUUUAAUUAAUUUAUGAAUCAUUAUAAUCUUAGUCAAAAUCAUAAAAUUUUAUAUAAAUUAUGGAAUCCAUAGAUUAAAUAAGAUCAAGUAUACCAAUCACUUAAUAGGCCAAAAUAAACGAAACGCCUGCAAAAGAAUUUGAUUAACAUGUAAUUAAUUUAUUGAUAUUCUUAGAAAACUCCAUGUCUGAAUUAGAUAUGCAAUAAGCAUAACAAAGAAGUAAUUAUGUUAAAUGUAAAUUACAAUGAGCCAAAAUUCGGUCGAUUGGCAUGCGUAGAAUGUAUUCAAGAAAACCCUAUUCAAUAUAUUAGUUUAAAAGAAGCAAAUAAUAUGUGGAAUACUCUUAUUGGAGAAUCAGAAGAUUUAAUUUCUAAACAUAAUUUUAAAAGAGAAAAAACAUUUAAAAUGGUUAUAUAAUAAAUCAAAUAACUAAAAAACCAUUAUAAUAAUUAAUUAUCAGAAAUGUUGUCAUCUAUAGAUGAAUAGCUUAUUUAAAAUAAUUAAGAAUUUUACGAUUCCCUUAAAUUAGAGAAUAAAUAGAUAUUUGAAUUCGAUGAAAAAUAAGUUGAAAAGAUGAUUGAUUUAUUAAGUUAAUAAGAUAAAAAUAAACAUAUCCUUUAGUAAUAGGAGAAACAAGAUAGACUUGAUUAAUUAUUUUAUCAGAAUGUCAAAUCAAAAUUAGAAACCCUUAUUAAACAUGAUUUACUUUGCAAGUAAUAAUUGAUGACAAUUAUUUAAGAAUAACAAGGUAAUUUGUUUGAUUAUAUUAUAGAUAAAAAAGAAAUAGGAAAUAAUCCAUAAGCUGAUGUUAAAAUAACCCCUGAAAUACACGAAUUUAUAUCAAAUUGUUAAUAGUAAGAGUAAUAUUUAUAAAUACAUUCUGAAUCAGUUGAAUUUCAAAUAGAAUUAUAGAAAAAAGUAUAGUAGCUUGAAUAAAAAGGUUAACUAGAAUAAUUUAUUGAAUUGUAAGGAAAAAAUGAUACCGAUAAUGUGUAAAUAUACUUUACUCUAAUAAUAAUUUAAAUAAUAUGAAAUAAAUUCAGAAAAAAUGAGGAAAUUGAUAAAUGCUGAUGAAAAUGAAAAAUAAUUGUUAUUAAUUACCAAAUAAAAAGAAGAAUUGCAGCUAAAAAUUGAUGAGGAAAAAUAAGAAAUUAAAUAAAUCCAGUAAAAAAUUGUUGAUUUAGAAGAAAAUAUGAAUUAAAAAUUCUUUAAAUAAGAAUAAGAAUUUGUUGAAUAAUUUAAUAAAGAAACAACUUAAAAUAAUGAACUUAAGUAAAAUUUAUUGGAAUUAACUCAGUCUAGUGAAAUACGAUUGGAAUAAUUAACUACAAAAUAUAAUGAGUUGAAUUAAUAAAUUGAUGAUGUAUAGUCAGAAUUAAAAGAAAGAGAAAAAUCGUCUGAAGUCUCAGAUAAAUUAUAAUCAUUAACAAAUAGUAUUGAAACAUAAAUUAUAACUGUUGAUUAAAAAGUUGAGAAGUUAACAGAAAAAAUAAAAGAAGUAGAUACUUAAUAAACUACAUAAACUUAAUUAUAAAAAGAAGAGUUAAUAUCAAAAAUAAAUGAUGAAAUAAAUGCAAAAGAUUUAUUAAUUGUAAAAUAAAAUAAAAGAAUGGAUUAAUUUAUAUAAAAAAAUGAUUAAUAAUUGGCAUCGUUGUCGGAGUCGAUAAAAGAAGAAAAUACCGCUCAAUUAUUAUAGUAGAAGAAAUUAAUUUAAUAAGAAAAUUAAAAUAAAUAAUGA